AUGGCACCCCCGAAGUCUCAAAGGGCAUCGGACUUCUUCCGGCAGGGUAAAGGAGGGAAGCAGCGCAUGGAGCAAGAUGGCGGCGGCUCCCGCUCACCCACUCACACCUCAGACGCAGGAUCAGACACAGAUAUGAGUCAAGCAACCGCUGAUGAUCUGUCUGUGUCGGAAAAGCGCCUGGCGGCAAUGCUGCAGGACCUACGCACCUCUAUGAAGACUGACUUCCAAGCUGCGGUCUCUGACAUGCGCAAAGACAUCCAUGAAGUGGGGACACGCGUGAAUGCACUAGAAGAAAAGACUGAUGAGCUUUGCCACAUGAAUGACACCAUAGUGGAGAAAAUACAAAGGAUGGACGCUGAUAAACGCCUUAUGGAAAAACUGGCAGAUUUGGAAGAUCGCUCCCGCCGCAAUAAUAUCCGCGUGCGCGGGGUACCAGAAACAGUGACACAAGAAGAGCUGCUGGCCUACCUACUGAGACUCUUUCAAGCGAUCCAACCAAACCUAGAACUGGCGGACCUCUGCCUGGACCGGGCGCACCGAGUGCCAAAACCUCAAAACCUUGCACAAGAAGUGCCAAGAGACAUCGUGACCAGAUUGCACUACUACUCUGCGAAGGAAGCCAUACUCACGGCGCAAAGGAAGGCCUCAGCGAUGCCGCCAACCUAUGAAAAUAUCUCCCUCUUCGCUGACCUCUCACCGACGACAAUGGCCAGGAGAAGGGAAUUCAUUAACAUUACGAAAUGCCUCAGAAACAACAAAAUACCGUACAGGUGGGGAUUUCCUACAAAACUCCUUAUCUGGCGGAACGGCUCCCUAAUAAAGAUCGAAGAUCCGGCCUUGGGAAUGGACAAGCUCAAGACCUGGGGCUUGUUCCCAGACGGCAAAGCACCACACACCCAAACCUCCCUAAAGAAGGUGACCGCGGACUGGUCUAAAGCCUAAAGUACACUACCGCCACCCAGAAGGGGGUGCCGGCUACAGCACGACUCUGUUAGAGACCCGUGUGACCCCCCAUGGUGACCGCCCCACUCAUCUGGGAAUGGCACAGCUUGAAGGACAUUCAGCACCCAUGUGAGUACUCUUGCUCGCCCUCACCCCCCCCCCACCCUCCCCCCAACCCAGCACAGGAGAAAAAGUGACUGCCACACCACAGCGCAAUUUGGCCCACCCUGUCACUGCGAGACUUACCCCUAAGCACUCAGACUCGCUGCUCAGACCCUUGCAGAGACUGCCCACUAAAAUCUGAACCCAGCAUGGCCAGACAAAGGCCGAAAAACUGCAGGGCACAGAGAAUGUGCUCACCUCUCACCACUCCACUCACGGACUUAUACAAGACAGCCAACGGCUCAAUCAAGCCCCCAUAUCUCCCCCCCCACCGCCUACUUUUUCGAGUGAGCCGGGCUCUGAAAGAGGUACAGGCCUCACCAAAUAUCAGACGCCCCCCCGAUACACCUGCGGGACACCGCCUGCCAUUGCGACCCCCUCUCAGUGCAGUGGAGGGUGCGAGCUCGGCAGCAGGGUCCCUCACAUAAUGCUUAAUAGCUGUUUGAAAUGUAUAUACUUUAUUUCUGUUUUAUGGUUUUGUUUCUUAGGUUAUGUUCCAGGUUGUUCCCCCUGCCCUAACCCCCUACCCGAGAUGCUCCCCUUUCACUACUGGGUACGACGAGGGGAAAAAUAGCCUCACCCCACCAACUCUGUCAUGUAGUGGCAAGAGAAAACACUACACCCAAACAACUGGGCCCUAGGGCCACCCCAACUAGUUAAAAUGACCUCCGCCAAUAAAUUCCGCCUGGUGUCUCUAAAUGCCCAUGGGCUGAACACCCCACAAAAACGCAGGCUGGCGUUCUCCCAAUAACGCACUCUACACGCCUCUGUAGCAUGCAUACAGGAAACCCACUUCUCAAUUAAAAACCCACCAAAAUUCUCGUCCACAUCUUAUCCACAAGCUUACCAUGCCACGGCACCGAAUAAGACACGAGGUGUUAGCAUUCUCUUCCACUCUGAUUGGCAAUUUAAAUGUGUAGUAGAAUACAAAAGCCCCGAUGGCCGGCUUCUAAUACUAGUAGGACUACUAAAUGACGUCCAGGUGACAGUAGUCAACCUAUACGCCCCCAACACCAACCAGUAUGACUUCCUUAGGAAAGCUUUACAACAAGUAGACAAGAAGAAGAAAGGGCAGACGCUUAUAUGUGGAGACCUUAACUGCGUACUGGACCCAGCUCUAGAUAGGACCGGCAAACCCUGUUCCCACUUGCGAUCAACACAGCUAGGGAUGAAAGUGACAGCGCUCCUCAACUCACACGGCCUACACGAUACAUGGCGUUCGCUAUACCCAGCAUCUAAAGACUACACGUUCUAUUCCAAGGUACAUGAUCGAUACUCCCGGAUAGACAUGUGCUUAGUGGAUGUGAAAACGCUAGAUACCCUGGAGGAGGUAUCAAUUGCCCCCUUGACUUG